AAACUGGCUAGCAGAUGUGAUUGAAUGAGGCGGUGAGGAUUCUUUGUUUUUGUUGCAGAAAUAAUUUCACUUUAUAGUUGAUAUAUACUGCCUCUAAGUAUUCAGUUAUGGUUGUCUUUGGUUUGACCUAGCCCAGUGAUCACUGAAAGUUGACCUGUGACUUGACUCAGGGCCUGAACAGUGAAGAAAAAUAAACCACUACAACCAAAUGGGAGUUUGAACUGAAGUAAAAAGGGUUGCAUGGUCUCAUAACUUAAUUCGAAUGUACUGUAGAAUGUUUCUCUUUUUGUUUUGCAGGUUUUUAUAACCAUUACCUAAACUGUAUAGAUCUUUCCAGUGAUAUAGAUAAGGUUUGUUUUCUAAAGCUUUAUCAUUAUUAAUGCAAAGAGUUGUACAGUUUUAACAAACAAAUGUUUGCAUUCUAAGAUUUUGAAAAUAUACAUAUUUUUGGAUGGAAUUAAAGUUCUGUUGUGGGGUAUGGAUGAGAUAAGUGAAAAUUCUGGACACCAACUUGCAAUGGAUGUUACACCUCCACCGCCACCAUUGGAAAACCUUGUAAUGCCCCCACUACCACCACCACUACCUAGUGCUUCAAACUUGGGUAGUGACUGUGGUAGUGAGGAAUCUGUUAUACCAACUCUAACCGUGAGCAUUUCAAAGAACGUUGACCGUCGAAAUGUAACAUUCCUUCAAUCCGAGUCUUCCCCUGAGCCUGAGAAAAAACGACAAAAACUAAGCAACACCGAUAAUGAAAUUAAAGUCACUCUGCAACGUUCUGAGAAAGGGGCAAUGCGGAGAACUCAGGUCACAGUUGAUGGAGAUGCCGAAAAUGAGGAGUCAUUGCUUGGGAAUGAUGAAACAAACAGACAACUUCCGGAAAUGCCUGAUGAUAUGGUAAUACUGGAGGAUGAUGACGAUGAUGAUGACGAAGAGGAUGAUGCUGACAGUUGGGCGAGUGGUAUAGACGUUGAUGCGAUGCUAGAAGCAGACUACAAUGAGCGUAUCAAGAAAGAGCAGACGGCUACGGAACCUUCCCUGGAGAAUCCUGAUGGAAUCGUGGCAAUAAGACAUAAAAUAGUACUUAAAGAAAAAGGUCACGAACCUAUUGAAGGACUUCCCGAUGAUUGGGUUCAAAUUGCACAUGACUCUGGGAUGCACCUCUACUUGCAUAGGACAACCAGAGUAUGCGUCUGGUCCCGGCCAUAUCUGCUUGGCAAUGGCAGUGCUAGAAGACACAAAGUUCCGGUCACCAGUAUUCCAUGUCUUCAUUAUAAACGAGAGCUGAAACGGGAAAGUGGAGAGCUAGUGAGCAAUAGCAUGGAUGCCUCUGAUAAACUAAUUCCAGAACGGAGUACUUUUCAUGAAGAGAGAGCUCAUACUAAGGAAAAUGCUUGCCCUGAAAGCAAAGGUCAUACUAAGGGGAAUACUUGCCCUGUGGAGAAUGCUUGUCCUGUGGAGAAUGCUUGUCCUGUGGGGAAAGCUCUUCCAGAGGGGAAAGCUCUUCCUGAGGUAAAUGCCCUUCCUGAAUUUGUUCCUGACCAGAAAAAGGAAUCAACUGAACAGCAAGUUAAGGAAUCUAAGGAGAAUAAGUCAGGAGAGAAUGGGCCGGACAUUAAUAAUGGUGAGACCAAGCCUGCUGCUAUUCCUGACAAGAUACAUGUGUGCAAGGAUGAAUCAGUUGAUGCUGUUGAGCUGCAUAAUUAUCUGAUUAAACUGUUUGAAUUUGAAACAUUAACUGUUAAGAAAUUCAAAACCUACGCUGAUAAAAGAAGGCACAAUAAGCAGUUAAAGGAAAGCCUAGAUCGACCGCAACUUCCUGGAACAUCUAGUCUAAUAACGUGUCAAAUCCCAGGUUCCGAGAAAUCAGGAAAGGGCAAAAAAGAUUUUGUGAUAAAUUCCAAGGACAAGACGCCAGUUUGCAUCUUACAUGAGUACGCUCAGCGGGUGAUGAAGAUGCAGCCUAAGUACAUAUACAAAGAAUGUGAAAACAUGAGUACACCAUUUGAAGCUAUAGCAGAGAUUGAUGGCACACAGUAUGGCAAAGGAGCAGCAAUUAGUAAGAAACAAGCCAAAAAUGAAGCAGCUCGGGCCACACUUGAGAUUUUGAUUCCGAAUUUGUGUCUUGGAGAAAAAAAGGCCAACGAAACAGAUGAUUUAGAGUAUUUUAAUAAUAUUCUGAUUGAAGACACAAGGGUGUAUGAGCUUUGUACUAAAGCUGGCCAGUUGACCCCUUGGAUGAUGCUUCAGGAGUAUAAACAAAGGCAUCAUGGUCUGGAAGAUAUGGAUUUGGAUUUUUCUGUACAAGUUAGUAAACAUCAACGAAGUACAUACACCUUGACCUUUGGCCAACAUGUUGUCACUGGCCAAUGUAAGAAUAAAAAGGUUGGCAAACAGCAUGGUGCUCAGAAGAUUCUGAAGCUACUACAUCCUCAUCUCAAGUACUGGGGCUCCCUCAUUAAAAUUUAUAAAAAGGGAGCUUCGAUUAGAAACAAAGAGAAAAAGGAAGCAGAGCAGAGCAUCAUAGGAUUACAAGCAAAAACAAAAAACAAACCAAAUGAGAAGAUUCUCAACAAACUAAGAACUGAGAUGCUAAAAAUGUAUGGAGAUAAAUUUCCGAUGGUGAAGGAAGAAGAAAGUGAAGGAAAAGUAACAGAGCAGAACAAUGAAGAAACGGAAGAAGAAGAAUGUUCACAUGCACCUGAGGGAGAAAACAAGAGUGAUGAAUAGUGAAGCAGCUGUCAGUGGAAAAUAUGUCAGUCAUGUUGGUAGGCCAUAGGUUUGUAUGUCUCUGACACACCCAUUGACCACACAUGAUACGGCGUAAAGCUUUACACUCGUUGCGUUGUACAACCUUCGGCGGAUGAAUCUAACUCUGCUUCCUAUGAGCGUUAGACAACACGACGCCAUCUUCUGAUUGUCCAUGAAAGUCUGAACGGAUUGUCAUUAAUAACGAUCCAUUGCAUUCGCAUCGUGACGUUGCGUUCUCUAUAGAAUCGCGUCGGCCGACGACCGUUGCGCACAAUAGGUGCCCGUCGUAAAAGACUUGCUGUUGCCCAAGCCCAACUGACACAAAUCUCAAAACUUUAAGGUCAGCCUUUUUUUGGCAAAUAUAUAUUUUUCUUUACCAACCUAAGAAGAGCCACCUUGUAUGAUGUUUUAAAAUGCCAUUUUUUAAGCUUUAAUUAAUAUAUUAGAUACCUUAACUAUAAAUUUUAGGCCUGUAACUACCAUGUUAUUUAUCAAAAUGCAUUGAGCAACCUAGGCCAUAGUAAAAAAAAAUAAAGGAACAGACCAAACACCCCUGAUUUUCAAAUGUCAGUGUGCUGUGGGCAACACGACAUUUGUUGUAAUCAAAUAAUAAUAGAGUGGAACUGUAGAAUAAUGGAUUAAAGUCUUUUCUCAUUUAGUGUAAUGUACAUAUAUUUUGAUCAAUUUCAGAUUAUUUAUCUAAAAAACUAAUCCAAUAAAAUGACUGAUACUAAAUCAUGUGAUUUAAUUCGAUUCAGGAAGACUGACAGAGAAAACUUGAUCUAAGACUUAAGACAUAAGACAGUUGUCAAUUAUAUAAAAAUAGACUGUGCUUUAAUUAUCGCUUGAAUACCGAAAUUUAAAAUCCUACAACGCUCUACAAACAAGCCAAAGAGAUUGUGUAUUGCCAUUGGGAUGAAUUAUGUGCAGUAGAUUGGACCGUCUCAGAAUGUUAAUCAAACUGAACAACUGACCUCUCAGAACAAGGCCAGGAAUACGCCAAUGUUGUCCCACAAAUGCACAUGUUUAUGUAAAUUUAUACUA